AUGACACUAAAUGACAGGCAGGAGCUCAUGAUGAACCCAGAGAAGAGCAUUCCAGAAGAAACAGUAGGUACAACAACCCUAAGGUAUUUGGCUCGAGUAGGGGAGCUUGAAGCAACUGACACUGAAGACCUGACUCUAAAUUAUGGCCUUGUUGUGGACUGUGGCAGCAGUGGCUCCCGGAUUUUUGUUUAUUUCUGGCCAAGACAUAAUGGCAACCCCCAUGAUUUGCUGGACAUCAAACAGAUGAGAGACCGCAACAGCCAACCAGUCGUUAAAAAAAUCAAGCCAGGAAUCUCUGCAAUGGCAGACACCCCAGAACAUGCCAGUGAUUACCUUCGUCCUCUGCUGAGCUUUGCUGCUGCCCAUGUGCCUGUGAAGAAGCACAAGGAGACACCCCUUUACAUCCUAUGCACAGCAGGCAUGCGGCUUCUCCCUGAGAGAAAGCAGCUGGCCAUCUUGGCUGAUCUAGUGAGAGAUAUACCGCUGGAGUUUGACUUCCUCUUUUCCCAGUCUCAGGCAGAAGUGAUCUCUGGGAAGCAGGAAGGAGUUUAUGCAUGGAUUGGAAUCAACUUUGUUUUGGGAAGAUUCGACCAUGAGGAUGAAUCCGAUGCUGAGGCUCCCCAGGAAUUGGCAGCAGGGCGCAGAAGGACAGUAGGGAUACUGGAUAUGGGAGGAGCCUCUCUUCAAAUUGCUUAUGAAGUUCCUACCUCAACCUCUGUCCUUCCUCCAAAACAGGAAGAAGAAGCAAAGAUCCUGCUGGCUGAAUUCAACCUGGGCUGUGAUGUGCAACAUACUGAACACGUGUAUAGGGUUUAUGUCACGACCUUCCUGGGUUUUGGGGGCAACUUUGCCCGGCAGCGCUAUGAAGACCUUGUGCUGAAUGAAACCCUUACCAAAAAUAGGUUGCUGGGCCAGAAGACUGGUCUGAGUCCAGACAAUCCACUUCUGGAUCCCUGCCUGCCUGUGGGCCUCACAGAUGUGGUGGAGAGGAAUAGCCAGGUGCUGCACAUCCGAGGAAGAGGAGACUGGGCGUCUUGUGGGGCGAUGCUGAGCCCCCUGCUGGCUCGCUCCAACACCAGCCAGGCCUCGCUGAAUGGCAUCUACCAGUCACCAAUUGACUUCAACAACAGCGAGUUCUACGGUUUCUCUGAGUUUUUUUACUGUACAGAGGAUGUGUUACGCAUUGGUGGCCAUUAUCACGGGCCAACGUUUGCCAAGGCUGCCCAGGUAAAUUAUUUAUAAUAAAGAUGACUCACGCCAGCUGCAGCCAUUUAUUGGAUGCCUAACUUUGUAUCAGAUGCUGUUCAAAGAGCUUUGCAUGCCUGAUCUCACUGGAUUCUUCGCAGGGGCCCUAUGAGCCCUCAUUUUAUAGAUGAGAAAGUGGACUCAGAAGUUAAGGAACCCACUGUGCUGGACUGUCUUCUAGUUCAUUAAGCUUAGGUUUCCAUGCAUGUCGUGAUCACCCAGAUUAUCACCCCAGUCCAUAAUUGUGGUGGCUAACGGUUGUUCCUCUAGUUUUCCAAUAAUCUUGUUUAAUGUUUGUGGCCAAAAGUAUCAUCCCCAGAGAUUUUUCUCCUUACUGGGUAUUCUCAAUGGUAAUGUGCUUUUGGAGAUGAUGUCACACAGGUGGGCAAGUGCACUUUCAUUUUUUUGGUUUGAGUCAUUAGGAGGCCAGAAUGGUAUAUAGGGUCACUUGGAAUAUUAGAAAGAUGUUGGGAAAAGCAAUGUCGGUGUAAGUAUUAUUUAAAACUAAAAUGCAGAAGAAAUAAAAAUUCAU